GUGUUCCAGCAGGAAUAUCAGCGUUGCACAGGGAGGAGAGGAUUAGCUAGAAGCCAGCUCAUCUGCAUAUGUACUGUAGCAUCCAGGACUGCUUCUUUUUUGUAUAAACCUGGUAUUGUCAUCUCAAAGACUUUACUCCUGCUAUUUCCACAGCGUUGAACGGAACUGAAGGACUACUCCUCUAUUUUUUUUUACUAUGAUGUCUUGUCAUACUGGAACUUGCAACUGACUGUCUACCAUCUGAACCCCAGGCUUUCUUUCAAUUGCUGGACUUUUUUUCUCCCCGCUUUCACUUUGUUUCCGCAGCAACAACAUGCCAUCCCAAGAGUCCUACGAGGAGAAGUCCCUUGUGCAAAAAGCCAAGCGGGAGGCCAAUCAGGAGGAUAUGUUGGCCGCAGCUCUGGGGAUGAGAGUGGGGCCACAGAAACCUCCGGCGACUUUCUGGCAGCCACUGAAACUGUUUGCCUAUUCACAACUCACAUCGCUGGUGCGGCGAGCUACUCUAAAGGAGAGCACACCCAGGGCUGAGAAGGUCCAUAACUUUAAGGUGCACACAUUUAAAGGGCCACACUGGUGCGAACACUGUGCCAGCUUCAUGUGGGGACUCAUGGCUCAGGGAGUCAAAUGCUCAGAUUGUGGUUUAAAUGUCCAUAAACAGUGCGCCCCUCUGGUCCCCAACGACUGCAAACCCAGCCUGAGACACAUCCGUAAAGUCUACAGCUGUGACCUGACCACUCUGGUGAACGUUUACAACACAGCCAGGCCCAUGGUGGUGGACAUGUGCAUCCGGGAGAUCGAGUCCAGAGGGCUGAAAUCUGAAGGGCUCUAUAGAAUAUCAGGAUUCAGUGAUUCAGUCGAAGAAGUCAAGACGUCGUUUGACAAAGAUGGUGAGAAGACAGACAUCUCAGCGAAAGCCUAUGAAGACAUCAACAUCAUCACAGGAGCGCUCAAGAUGUACCUGAGGGAGCUUCCAGUCCCUGUCAUCUCAUACGACGCAUACCCCUGCUUCAUCGAGGCUGCAAAGCUCUCAGACCCAGAGAAGAAGCUGGAGGCGUUUCGAGAGGCCCUGGCUCUGCUGCCUGAAUCCCACACUGAAACGCUCAAGUACCUCAUGGCACACUUAAAAAGGGUGACACAGAAUGAGAAAUUCAACCUGAUGAACGCGGAGAACCUCGCCAUUGUCUUUGGGCCCACUCUGAUGCGAUCUCCAAACCAGGACGCCAUGACCGCACUCAACGACAUCCGCUACCAGAGACAAGUGGUGGAGGUGCUGAUCAAAAAUGAGGAUCUGCUUUUCUGAAUACAGGACAGCUCAAGCUAACCACUAUAAUCCGUCUGUGUACAAACUUGAAUCACAGUUUGAAUGACACUUUUUAACCAACCCUCCUUUUUCUGGGUUUGAACCUUGUACUUAUACUCUUAGUUUCCCCAUUUUUGUCGGGGAUGAUAGGCCAGCAUGCUGCGCACACGGUCUUUUCUUGUGUUGCUUUUCUAGUCAUACUCCAAUACUCCAGCAUGUCUUCAGAUGGCAUGUAGCGCUCAGUUCAUUUCUCUUCUGUCGUAGUCCUAUGCUGUAAAAUCCAAUAAGCUACUGAUUUUUGCACUGUACUUUUACAAUGCUGUAUUUUUGUACCUCUUGUACUGUUUUUAUGUAACUGUUUCUAGCUCUCUGCCUCUCUGUCAUUGUGUUCACACUGAUGCAUUUGCCUGACAUUUCUAAUGUGUUAUAUGCAACGCCAUACUUUUGUACAUUUAAUUUGGACUGUAUAUUUUGUAAACAUGUGCAUGAUCACUUUAAUUUAUUAAUUUAAACAUUGUUCUGAGAAAUGAACCAUGAUGAACAUCAACAUUAAAAACAACCGAUAAAACC